AUGAGAAGGGUGACUCCGGAAAGUGUUAUCUUCAGCUUUGGGACUAUCCUUUUGGAUCUUCUCAGUGGGAAACACAUCCCUCCUACUAAUCUUUUCGUUUUUGGGUCAUUCUCUGAAGACAAGACCAGGUCAUUGCUGCAAAAGCAAUCACCUGGGAAGACUGAAAAGCCUGUGGAAAAGAAUGUAUUGCAGUUUGGGUCUAUAUAUUUUGGUACUAAAAUAUCUUCAGGUGAAUGUAAUGGUGAAUCAAGCAGACCACAAAAUUCUGUGAAGGGGCUCAGCAACGUUCAGCCUUCAAGUUCACUUAAUAAACAGAAUGAAGUGGAGGCUGUAAAAGCAGCAAAUGAUAGUUUACCAGCAUCUUUAACUACUCCUACAGAGAAUGGAUGUACUGAUAAUUAUAAAAAUGGUUAUGCCCAUAGUAAUGGCGUGAAAGAGGCGACAACGGAUAAUAUUGAUGCAGCUUCAUUACCUUUAUUCAAUAACGAAGGUGGUCUCUCCAAUCAAUUUCCAAGUCUGGAAUUGCAGAACAGAGAGCAGAAUGGUCGUGUUGAUGAUUUAUCAGCUUCUAAGGUAAAGGGGGAACUACAGAAGUGUUUGAAUGGGCCUGUUACAGUUUCUACGGUCUUGUUGCCUCGUGGUUUAAUCAAUUCGGGGAAUCUGUGCUUUCUCAAUGCAACGCUACAGGCUCUUUUAUCCUGUUCUCCUUUUGUUCAGCUUCUGCAGGAAUUGAGAACUCGCAAAGUGCCUAAGGCUGGAUUAGCUCUUGGAGAGUUGCGAAAGGAAAAUAAUUUCCUAAGAAGCCUUUGGCCAGUAACUAAUCCACCUUCAAGUCAAGAACAUCUUUUACAUCCUCAAUUUUUACAGAAGCCUCUCCACCCAUUCCUUGCUCGAGGGUAUUUUGAUGAUGUAGGAGUGUAA